AGGUGAAAACACUAUCAGCGUGUUACUGAAUAAUGGAAAUGGAAUUUUUCAAACUUAUGCUAAGUAUGCCACCGGAAAAAUUCCACACUCUGCGACAUCUGGUGAUUUCAACAACGAUAAAAUAUUGGAUCUAGCAGUUGCCAAUUCAGGAGAAAACACUAUCAGUGUAUUUUUUGGCAAACCAGAUGGAAUCUUUGAGACUCCUAAGAGUUAUGCCGUUGGCAGCGGUCCAGUUUCAGUGAUAUCAGAUGAUUUUAACAAUGAUAACAGAAUGGAUAUAGCAGUGGUCAAUUAUUUGGAGAGCACCGUCAGCAUUCUGCUUGGCACUGGAAAUGGAACAUUUCACACUGAAAUCAAAUAUGUGACUGGCGCCAAUCCAUCAUAUAUUGCAUCAGGUGAUUUUAACAAUGAUAGUUGA